CCCACCAUGCAAGCAAUUGCCGCUCUCCUAUUUCUUAGUAUUUACCUUGAAAACUUCUUAACCUCUUCUCGUUCUAUCCACUGCACAGACGGUUUCACAUUGAUUAACAGCAAGUGUUUGAAACUAUUCCCAUCUCUUGUGAGCCAUACGGUUGCUGAAAGCUCCUGUAAUUCCUAUGGAGCCACACUUGUCACCGUGAAAAAUGUUAAGGACGAUGAAGCAAUCGCCGCCAUCGCUGGAAGUUCGACUCCACUAAUAUGGCUCGGAUUGUACUGUUUCGAUAGUGAUCCUGCACAAUGUUUAUGGGAUGAUGUAUCUGGCUCGGCGAGCAACUACAAUAAUUUUUCAGCUGGGUUCCCGCUUGUCGUUCUUGGACAAUGUGUCUACUAUUCUACGCAAGGCGCCUUGGCUGGAAAAUGGCUCAGCGAGGAGUGUGAGAGCCAGCACGUAGCCUAUAUUUGUGAACUACCAAUAACCUAUACAGACAACUGCGAUUUCAACUACAAUGGGUACUGCUACACAUUCAGCUCGACUACCAAUUCCAUUAACACAUUCAUCUCUGCACAGGGCACAUGCGCUCAAGACUGUGGAUACCUUGCAUCCAUACAUUCUCCAUUAGAAAUACGAUACAUCAACACGUUUGCCCCACACGCAUAUUUCUAUAUCGGAGCUAUUUGGAAAAAUGAUGGCAGUCUCUACUGGUUGGAUAACUCACCGUGGGACUACAAUAAUAUCGACCCAGUUCAAACUAAUCGAGUGGAUUAUUGCUUGACAAUGUCGACGACAAACUUUGGAAGUUCUCCAGCUGGUUUUUGGUUUAGCACCAAUUGCAAUAACCCCGGAUAUUAUAUUUGCAAGCGUCAAGCCGGUGUUCAAUGCUCAGCUGCACCACCAGCAACUGUCACUCCAAGCCCUGCAAAUCCAUCGAAUUGCAAUGCAGGCCGACUGAUGUCUGAUGGAAUCAUAACUUCCCCAAACUUUCCACAAAAUUACUUCAACAACGCAAACUGUGCAUACCAGAUUUCUACAUUGGGAUCUAUGAGGAUCGCUUUGACGUUUACUUUUUUCAACACACAACCUUACGACUUAGUGACCAUCUACGACGGAGAAACAUCGAGUAGCCCAGUGUUGGGGAAAUAUGGUGGGAACCAAAGCAGUCUUACCUUUACGUCGAGUAGAAAUAACAUGCUUGUAACGUUUAUAACAGAUGGGAAAGAUACAUCGAAUGGAUUCAGCGCAAGAUUCUCUUCGAUUGUUUAUGGAAAUAUUUGAUAUCGUGAAGAACAUCAAGAUAAUGAAGUCUU